AACCCCAGGAAUUUCGCUUAUUUCUAAAACCCUACAGCCAUUUUCACUUUUUCUUCCCUCAUUUUUUCCGUUCUGCAGUUCCUUAGAAGCCGAUUGUGAUUUUCCCGUCACUAGCCAAAAUCAUGUUUGCGGCUAUGAAAUGUUUGAAAAGGAAGAAGAUGUGGGAACGACAAAUUGAGCUGCUUGGGAGUAACCAGUUGCGCAUUCAUGAUCAGAUGGUAAUGAUAGAAAGUGCAAAAGCAACAACAGAAACUCUUGAUGCAUUAAGGAAUGAAGCAGCUGCAAUGAAGGCCACUAACAAAGCAAUGGAUAUUGAUAAAAUAGACAAGACCAUGGAUGAGAUCCAUCAGCAAUCCGAGAACAUUAGAGAGAUCCAGGCGGCAUUGUCAGCACCAAUCGGAGCAGCAACUGAUUUUGAUGAAGAUGAAUUGGAAGCUGAACUUGAAGAACUUGAAGAAUCCAAUUUGGAGGAACAAAUUCUCAAGCCUGUGAUAACUGCCCCUGCAGCCCUAACACAUGCCCUAACAAGCAGGAAACCAGCUCAUGCAGAUCCUGGUGAUGAGAGUAACACAACUGAGGAAGAUGAACAGGCAGAGAUGACAUUUUGAGAGGUACUGAAGACUCUCUCAUGCUCAAACCAGUAGCAUACACUGUAUGUAGCUAGCACUAAGUAGUUAACUAAACUUUCUCCCAUGAAUACUUGAAUCUACCUUGGUGGGUUAUACAGAAGAAAAUUUCCAGUCUCAUCUUGGAUUCUCUUGAGUUACAUAAAGGUUCUUCAAGUCUCUAAUUAAGCAAUUGGAAUUAA